UCUGUCGCCACGCAUGCGCAAAAAAUCCGGCCCGAUUCACACACUAUUACAUACUCUGGACAGUACCCUUUGUUGCGUAUAUCGGAAUAGUAUUCGCAGUGCUGCCAGUGAAUAUCGGAACGCAGCCUAUGUAUAGCCAAUGAAUUUCAGGGCCAGGAUUUGUUGCUACGUGGGGAAAAAAAAACAACGGUCGGGGAUUCCCAUUAUGAGACACCACAGAUAUACUAUCAAGUCUCCUGAUUAUUGUGUUUGAUACUAUUUUAUUCAGUUCGAAAACAAAUAUUACUGUUAGAAGUUUAUAUUAACAAUAGAAACGAAACAAUUGUUGUAUUUGUGCCGUAAUUCAGAUAAUUAUUAGUACGUAUUAGUAGUACGUAUUAAACCAAAGUGAAAGUUUAUUUCAGAUUUUAAGAACAUGGCAUCUGAUGAAUCAGAGGAAGUAACUACAAAGUUAAAACUUACAAAAUUAGAAUGCCCAUUUAACUGGGAAAUGUUAGACAGUCUAAUAAAGUAUAUUGUAACAGGUUCUAAAUAUAGAGAUGAAGAAUAUGCUGAUACAGUAGAUAUCAAAUCAUCUUAUCCUUUAGAAGUGUUAUUAAAAUGUUUAUAUAGAUGUUACAAAGAUGUAAUAAGUGCAGAUAAUGAUAUUGCAAUGAAAGAAAUUGAAAAAGCUGAACAGAUUUUAAUGCAGAUUCAACAAGACCAAGAAUUGCAUCAAAUCAUAAGAACAAUCGAACAUGUUUUUAUGCUACAAAAUGUUUUUGUUAUAUGAAUCUAAUAAUAUGGAUGAAAU